AUGUCGUCCUCCGCCGAUCCCAUCCUCAACAACCACGGCGAAAGCUCCUCCACAAAGGCUCACGACUUUGAGAACGGCCAGCACACGCCCGCCCAAUCCACGGCCCCUGCCGGCCCGGGCGGCUUCGUCUCCCAGGCCAAGAUGACUGUCGCGCCGCCCAGCGAGGAGGACCUGCAAAAGAGCUGCGCCAAGGUUGUCGGCUCCGAGGCCAACCCCAAGGGCUGGUACGGAAGCAUGAUCAACGGCAUCGGCGCCAUCAUCGGCACCAUGGGCGCCAUCCCCUGCUGCAUCUGCUGCCCCAACCCCUACAAGUCGGUCCAGCAGGGCAACGUCGGCCUCGUCACCAAGUUUGGCCGCUUCUACAAGGCCGUCGACCCGGGCCUCGUCAAGAUCAACCCGCUCUCCGAGCACCUCCUCCAGGUCGACGUCAAGAUCCAGACGGCCGACGUGCCCGAGCAGGUCUGCAUGACCAAGGACAAUGUCACGCUGCGCCUCAAGUCCGUCAUCUACUACCACAUUGUCGCCCCGCACAAGGCCGCCUUUGGCAUCUCCAACGUCCGCAACGCCCUCAUGGAGCGCACCCAGACCACCCUGCGCCACGUCGUCGGCGCCCGCGUGCUCCAGGACGUCAUCGAGCGCCGCGAGGAGAUUGCCCAGUCCAUCGGCGAGAUCAUCGAGGACGUCGCCGCCGGCUGGGGCGUCCAGGUCGAGAGCAUGCUCGUCAAGGACAUCAUCUUCUCGCAGGAGCUGCAGGAGUCGCUCUCCAUGGCCGCGCAGAGCAAGCGCAUCGGUGAAUCCAAAAUCAUUGCCGCCAAGGCCGAGGUCGAGAGCGCAAAGCUCAUGCGCCAGGCCGCCGACAUCCUCUCGAGCGCCCCCGCCAUGCAGAUCCGCUACCUCGAGGCCAUGCAGGCCAUGGCCAAGAGCGCAAACUCAAAGGUCAUCUUCAUGCCCGGCGCCAGCAGCAGCAUGGCCACCACGCUCAACCAGGCGAUCCAGGCCCGUGUCAUUGAAAGCAUUUAA